AUGAGCCUGUCUGAUCUUCAAUCUCAAAUUGACAGUUUGAGCUUGCGGCUUCGGGCUCUUGAGCUGGAAGUUCGGCGCGGUCCGCCGGCAUCUACUGAGGCACCCUCAUCUUCGGCUUCUGUUUCUGGAUGCCGGGUCGUUGAGGCCCCUGGGGAGACCGCUGAGGAACACGGCUUGCUUUCUUGGGAGCGGUGUUUGGAGCUCGCUCGCUGCAUUGGUGAUUUCUUUCUUCGUUGCUUGGAGGGCGCGAACAGAGGACAUUCAGGCCAAAACCAGGUUGGAUUGCCCAAGCGGGUGUACGUGCCUGUGCGGGACAAGAAGGCCAACGUCUUCAGGGGCCCUGUGCGGGUUUUUGCCCGGUUCAGUGACAUCAAGGCCUUUGUGGAGGUGGGCUCCGGCCUCCCAUCGGGAGGCGCGAGAGGCAGUUCGUCACGCUGGAUUUUCUUGGCCAACUUCAUCGGCAUGAGCGCCCCGGACGAGGGGGAGGAAGCAGCCAGCGAGCACGAGGAUGUCGAUGGCCUGCCCUUAGGAGCUUGGAAUGCUUGUUUGGUUACAUCUUCCGGCGACCAGCUAGAAGAAGCCAGCUCAGGGGUGGAGGUCAAGGUUUGGGUUGCAUACGCUUCAGCCCAACUAGAAGCUCAGAUCAGGGCCGAGGAGCACGAGGAUGUGUUCGAACCAGCCUUCUCCGAUUCCGAUAGUCAAGCUUGUGCACCCUACUCGGCAUCUUUGAUCCAGCUGGCCGACGACCACUUCUCUUUCAUCACUGCAGAGUCAGAGGUCAAAAGCCGCAGCCUAGACCUUAGCCUGCCCCUGCUCUCGCUUGAGUUGCUUGGCGUCUGUCCUCGCAAGACAGUCUGGCAGCAUUUCGUGGACAUCCUCCGCUGA